UGGAUGUGUAACCCAAUACCGUCAGGUGGAGUGCGCUCAGAGAAACUUAUGAAUUAAGCAUCAGGGAACAACAUAAGCCGUUAUUCGAGGGCUUUAUUUACUUUUUAGAAGCAUAUGACGCAAUUGACACAAUCAGAAUUAAUUUGUUUUUCUGCACUGAGCGGAGUUAUUCAACAUAGUGAUUUUUAUGCAUAUUUUUGGUCUAGGAAAACAAUGUGAAUGGAAAUGGAUGAUGCGUUAUUGCAAGACCUCUAUGUAUGGGUCGAUAAAAUUCCCUUGUCUCGAGUUAAGAAAAACAUUGCUCGGGAUUUUUCAGACGGUGUUCUAAUGGCUGAAGUUAUGAAGUAUUUUUUCCCAAAAUUUGUUGACGUUCAUAAUUUUCCAACCUGUAACUCUGUCGAAUCUAAACGAAAAAACUGGCAACUUUUGAACUGGAAGGUUUUUAAAAAGUUGAAUUUUGAGUUGUCAGACGACGUGAUUGAAAGUUUGUCUAUUGCUAAACCAGGAACUAUAGAAAAAGUUUUACUGUUACUAAGAACUAGGAUUGAGCGAAUGGUCGCGGAUGAUAAAGGUAAGCUGUAUGAUUAUCAACCUGAGGCUGAUCGCUAUCCAUAUACUCAUGGAAACCGAGAGCGUUCGAAAUCUCCUUUGCAUAAAUCCCGAAACAAAAGAAUGGGAAAUUCUCAGUUCCUCCCUGGAAUUCGCUCACCUUCUUUAGAUUUUCUUGCCAGAUAUCCCGGAGAUGCAGCUGUUGCACGUGGAUUUAGUCCAAAUAAGUACAUAAAUGGGAAUAAUCAAUUCUCGAAGUGUACAUUAACAAAACGUUCUGAAUAUGUUCCUCGUAUUUACUUCGAAGAAAAAAUCCAACAAUGCAUAACUUUGAAUGAGACUAUUGAAAUAUUGCAUGCUAAACUUAGGAAACUUGAGAAUCUUUUGUCAAUAAAGGACAGGAAGAUCGAGGAGUUACAGAAAAAGAUCAACUGGAUUUUAAUAAAGCAAAACUAAACUAGAUUACUCUAUACUCUAUCUAAACUUUAUAAAUUAUAAUCCAAGCUCAAGGUCUUGCAUCUUUGUUGGAUAUUUCGGCUUCUUUUGCACAACUUAUCUGCUUUGUCGUCGUAUUUUGUAUUUCUUUUUGUGUCACCGUUGACAAACCGUAUCUUUGAAAUCAUGUGACGUACAUAUGUAUAAUUGGUUACAGCUAAACUGUGCCUAAGUAAUACACUGUUUAGCUAAACUUAUUUUGUCUUAUUUUUCUAAAGCUUCUGUCAGGUCAUCUGUCCCUACAAAGGAAGAACAUUUCGAGACUAACGACAUCAUGUUGUGGUUGAGUAUCUUUUUGAAAUUGUUUUUUCACUCUUCCUCAUUGUGUUGUUUGCAUACACUCCUGAAGUGUAUAAAAUGAAUACAUUUCAACAUUGUU